GGCUUGACGUCAAACGUAAACGUAAACAACAAUAAGGAAGUGGAGAGAGAAGUCCCGAGAGGUGCAAAAUGCGAUAGUCACGCUAACUGUAUGAGAAGUGGACGUCGACGUGUACAAAUUAGGAUCGUAAUGCAAUAUAUUUAAUUCUCACAAGCGACACUAGCGAUGGAGGGCUCCAAGUCGUCGAGCACAACCAUGCAGGUCAGCUUCGUGUGUCAGCGGUGCUGUCAGCCCCUCAAACUGGACACGUCUUUCAAUGUGCUCGAUCGGGUCACUAUUCAUGAGCUUAUUGCUCCGUUGGUCACAGUGACCCCCAGCAAACAGGCUGACAGCAGUGAGGGAGAGGCAGCACCAGAGGAGACCUUUGUAGAAAACAAGCAAGAUGGAGUGUCGAGAAAAUACAUCCCUCCUGCACGGAUGAUGUCCACAGAGAGUGCCAACAGCUUCACACUGAUUGGAGAAGCAUCUGAUGGAGGCACGAUGGAAAAUCUUAGUCGUAGGCUGAAGGUUACCAGUGACCUGUUUGACAUCAUGUCGGGCCAGACAGAUGUGGACCAUCCACUGUGUGAGGAAUGUACGGACACUUUGCUGGACCACCUGGACACACAGCUCAACAUCACAGAGAAUGAAUGCCAGAAUUACAAGCAGUGUCUGGAGCUGCUGUCACACCUGCAGGUGGAGGAAGAGGAGACCCUUCUGGCAGAACUGCAGCAGCUGAAGGAGGAGGAGGAGGCCCUGGUCCAGGAACUGGAGAUUGUGGAGGAGCAGAGGGCCGCUGUGGCCCAGGACCUGGCCGAGAGCAGGAUCCACUCCCAGAGGCUGGACAAAGAGGAGCUACAGUACCAGAAGGAGUACAGUGAGUUUAAACGCCAGCAGCUGGAGCUGGACGAUGAGCUGAAGAGUGUUGACAACCAAACGCGUUACUGCCAGAUUCAGCUAGAUCGGCUGAAAAAGACCAAUGUCUUCAAUGCCACAUUUCACAUCUGGCACAGUGGUCAGUUUGGUACCAUCAACAAUUUCCGUCUGGGUCGACUGCCCAGCGUCCCCGUGGAGUGGAACGAGAUUAACGCAGCCUGGGGACAGACGGUGCUGCUGCUGCACUCUUUGGCCAACAAAAUGGGGCUGCGAUUCCAGAGAUACCGGCUUGUCCCAUAUGGAAACCACUCAUACUUAGAGUCACUGACAGACAAGUCCAAGGAACUUCCUCUGUACUGCUCAGGUGGCCUGAGGUUCUUCUGGGACAAUAAAUUUGACCAUGCCAUGGUGGCCUUCCUGGACUGUGUCCAGCAGUUCAAAGAGGAGGUGGAAAAAGGAGACACUGGCUUCUGCCUGCCAUACAGGAUGGAUGUGGAGAAGGGUAAGAUCGAGGACACAGGAGGCAGCGGUGGCUCCUACUCCAUCAAAACCCAGUUUAACUCCGAGGAGCAGUGGACCAAGGCACUCAAAUUUAUGCUCACCAACCUGAAGUGGGGACUGGCCUGGGUCACCUCACAGUUCUACAACAGAUAAACCUCCUGGACAAUGCCUUGGGUUACUGAGUUUUGCAUAUCAAUGUGCCCCCUCUGAUAAAUGGAUUACUUGUGAAUCUUUCUUGAAUAUUUGGCUGAAAGAAGAGAAAUGGCUAUGUCUGCACCGUUUUCUAUGUCAAGAUUUUGAGGGCAGACAAGCAUGGAGCAGUGUCUAAAUCUUCAGUUCACACUUCCUCAGACUAGAAUGUACUUUAAAAGAAAUCUUCCCCAAAUGUAUUUCUCACCACUUUGUCACAUUCUAUCUAUCUUUCGUCUCCAGCUGUACUGCACUGCACACCUCUGAAAUCGCUUUGUAGCUCUUUACAGAGUGAGGAAAAGAUUUUGUCCCCAAGUAGAUAAACUGUAAGAGAAUGACAUGAUAAUUAUGGUCAAAGAAGGAUUUUUAGAUUAACACUGUUUAGUAUUGAACAGAAGUAUGUCAGUAUUUCUUUAACCUUGUUUGCAGUUACCCACAUUUUCCAGUUACAUACAUACUUGGUAGGUAGUAUUAGGGAUGCACUGAUACACCUACCUUUGUGUUCAUACUCCACACCAUCACAUGAAUUUAUCUGUUUUAGACAUGUUGGAUACUUUUAAUGGUGGGAGUUGAGUUAAUAAACAUUUUAUGCUGUGAAAAAA